AUGGCUCGUACAAAGCAAACUGCAAGAAAAUCCACGGGCGGAAAGGCACCCAGAAAACAAAUGGCCACUAAAGCAGCUCAAAAGAGCGCUCCAGUCACAGGUGGUGUCAAGAAACCUCAUCGUUGUAGGCCUGGAACUGUAGCUCUCCCUCAAAUCCGUCCUUACCAGAAGUCAUUUGAGCUGCUCAUCCAAAAGUUUCUUUUCGAGAGACUCGUGAGAGAAAUCGCCAAUGAUUCCAAGACCGACCUAAGCUUCCAGAGCUCUGCGGUUAUGACUCUUCAGGAGGCCAGUGAGGCAUACUUGGUGGGCCUCAACUCGUAUUCCAUUCAUGCAAAGAGAGUACCUAUAAUGCCGAAAGACAUCCAUCUCGCUCGCCGAAUCCGAGGGGAACGAGUCUAA